ACCGCAGCUGCUCCUUAAAACGUCUCAUAAAACUCCGUUAAGAAACAGAAUUCGCGAUGUUUAAACGCAUUUUAAAGUAUUUUAACAGUAAUUAAACUUGUGCUCGGUUUAAAGAGGCUUUAACGGAGUAACGGACAAUUUGUUGACCGUUUUUCAGCCGUCUGAGUCGACCAGAGAACCAGACUCCAUUCGAGAAAACAGACAUUUUUAACACCGAAUUCAACACUUAACACAUAAAUAACCUGACACCAGGUGGAGAAUACUGUCGGACCUUUUAGAUCCAAGAGGAAAUACUCUGCAAUUCGGCACACAGCUGAAUCACCCGGUGCUUACUGAUGAUGACGGUCCAUAACCUGUACAUCUUCGACCGUAAUGGCAGCUGUCUGUACUACAACGAGUGGAACCGCAGGAAGCAGGCUGGGAUCUCUAAGGACGAGGAGUUCAAGCUGAUGUUCGGGAUGCUCUUCUCCAUCCGGUCAUUCGUCAGCAAGAUGUCUCCUCUGGACAUGAAGGACGGCUUCUUGUCCUUUCAGACCAGCAAGUACCGUCUUCAUUACUACGAGACUCCCAGUGGACUGAAGUUUGUCAUGAACACAGACCUGUCUGUGCCCAACGCCAGAGAGACACUGCAGCACAUCUACAGCAACCUGUAUGUGGAGUACAUCGUGAAGAACCCGCUCUGUGUCUCUGCUCACACUUUGGACAGUGAACUGUUCAGCAGCCGACUGGACGCCUUCAUCAGAGCUCUGCCCUACUUCAGCCCACGAGCUGCUUAACUCACACACACACACACACACACACACACACACACACACACACGCGCACACUCACACACACACAGUUUUUUUGUAUUUAUUGUAAACACAAAGACGUCUUUGUGUUUUGUGUGUUGGCUCUGUAAAACGCUUCCUGUGUUGAAUUAAACGGCUCUGAACAUGAAA